GGGAGCUGCGCGGGCGGAAGUGGCGACGCUGGCUUCCCUAGAACCUGAGGAAGGCGGUGGUGACGGCCCCGGCGGUGACGGCGGCGGCCCGGGGGGCGGCGUGGACGCCCGCGGGGCGGGCUGGGGCAUUACCGCCGGCCUCGAUCCGGAAAUGGCGCUGCUGGCCGAGCACCUGCUGAAGCCGCUGCCCGCGGACAAGCAGAUCGAGACCGGGCCCUUCCUCGAGGCAGUGUCCCAUCUGCCGCCCUUCUUUGAUUGCCUUGGGUCCCCAGUGUUUACUCCCAUCAAGGCAGAUAUAAGUGGCAACAUCACGAAAAUCAAAGCUGUGUAUGACACCAACCCAGCCAAGUUCCGAACCCUGCAGAACAUCCUAGAAGUGGAGAAAGAAAUGUAUGGAGCAGAGUGGCCCAAAGUGGGAGCCACACUGGCGCUGAUGUGGCUGAAAAGAGGCCUUCGCUUCAUCCAGGUCUUCCUCCAGAGCAUCUGUGACGGGGAGCGGGAUGAGAACCACCCCAACCUCAUCCGCGUUAACGCCACCAAGGCCUACGAGAUGGCCCUCAAGAAGUACCACGGCUGGAUUGUGCAGAAGAUCUUCCAGGCAGCACUGUACGCAGCCCCCUAUAAGUCCGACUUCCUGAAAGCGCUCUCCAAGGGGCAGAACGUGACUGAGGAGGAGUGUCUGGAGAAGAUCCGCCUUUUCCUGGUGAACUACACGGCCACCAUCGACGUCAUCUAUGAGAUGUACACCAAGAUGAAUGCUGAGCUCAACUACAAGGUGUAGGCACGCCCAGCUAUGGGCUCGCCCCAACACAUGGCCACUUGCAGAAAGGCAAACCCGAUCACUGUGAAUCAAGCCGCUGGGCUGCCUUGGCCUGCAUCCCCCAGAGCUGCCAGGGUCCUGCCGGGGUCUACAGGGGAUGGCCCCGUUUUUUUUUAAAGUCAUCUUUUUCUGGUCUAUGCUAAUGGAGCAAUAAAUAACGAUCUUCCAAAUCUCUUCUGAAUUUCACAAACAGCUUAGACUGACUUUAUACCUUCAUUUCAGUGUGGUAAAAGUCGAUUAACGUUUCUAAUAAAUCAAGUCCUAGGGUUUUUUGGUUUUUUUCCAACAAUGAACAUGGCUCUGGGGAAAUGACAUCAUCCGCCUCACUUUAAAAAUAAGCACAUGUCCUCCUGAGGAUCUCACUGAAUGAUGUUUUGGGUAUUUUAACGACUAUGAAGAAUUUGAUUUGAAAUUAUGCAGGACUCCUAUUGUGGGUUUUUUAAAAAAGCAAACUGGUGUGUGUGCUCAUGUGGUUGGCACAGCCCAACCACUAUCAUUAUAAACCCUGUUCUCUCUGUCUUUUGCCAGACAGUUUUUUUUUUUUAGUUGAAAUCAACCAGCAAACCUUUGAUGACCAAGAG